AUGAUGUGCGAGGUGAUGCCCACCAUCAGCGAGGACACGGCGAUGAGCCAGCGCGGCUCCCAGAGCAGCACCUCGGACCCGGACUCCCACUUUGAGCAGCUGAUGGUCAACAUGCUGGAUGAGAGGGACCGCUUGCUCGACACGCUGAGGGAGACCCAGGAGAGUCUGGGCCUGGCCCAGCAGCACCUCCAGGAUGUCAUCUACGACCGGGAUUCCUUACAGCGCCAGCUCAGCUCUGCCCUGCCACAGGAGUUUGCGGCGCUGACCAAGGAGCUCAAUGCCUGUCGGGAGCAACUGCUGGAGAAAGAAGAGGAGAUCUCCGAACUGAAGGCUGAGAGGAACAACACCAGGCUGCUGCUGGAGCAUUUGGAGUGCCUGGUGUCCCGACACGAACGAUCGCUCCGGAUGACUGUGGUCAAGCGGCAGGCUCAGUCUCCCUCAGGAGUGUCCAGCGAGGUUGAGGUCCUCAAAGCACUCAAAUCCCUGUUUGAACACCACAAGGCCCUAGAUGAGAAGGUGAGAGAGAGACUGCGGGUGUCUCUGGAGAGGGUCUCAGCCUUGGAGGAGGAGCUCACAGCAGCCAAUCAGGAGAUUGUGGCCUUACGGGAGCAGAAUGCCCACAUCCAGAGGAAAGUGGCGUCAGGAGACGGCGGAGAAGACAUACUGGAGGGUAGUGAGGCUCAGCAAAAAGUCCACGGCAAGCGUCUGUCCAACGGCUCUCUGGAGUCGGCCCAUGAAGCCAGCCAGGUGGUGGAACUCCAGGACCUGCUGGAGAAGCAGAAUUACGAACUCGCGCAAAUGAAGGAGCGCAUGUCCUCGCUGUCCUGCCGCGUGUCCGAGGUGGAGCAGGAGCUGGAGACUGCCCGCAAGGACCUCAUCAAGUCUGAGGAGAUGAACAGCAAGUACCAGCGGGACAUCAAAGAGGCCAUGUGUCAGAAGGAGGACAUGGAGGAGCGGAUCGUCACGCUUGAGAAGCGCUACCUCAGCGCCCAGCGUGAGUCCACCUCUCUGCAUGACAUCAGCGACAAACUGGAGAACGAGCUCGCCAAUAAAGAGGCUUUCCUCAGACAGAUGGAGGAGAAAAACAGGCAGCUGCAGGAGCGUCUGGAGUUGGCGGAGCAGAAGCUACAGCAGACAAUGAGGAAGGCUGAGACACUGCCCGAGGUAGAGGCUGAACUCGCCCAGAGGAUAGCAGCCCUCACCAAGGCGGAGGAGCGCCACGGUAGCAUCGAGGAGCGCAUGAGGCACCUGGAAGGCCAGCUUGAGGAGAAGAACCAGGAGCUGCUGAGGGCUCGACAGAGAGAAAAGAUGAACGAGGAACACAACAAGCGACUGUCGGACACGGUGGACCGGCUCCUCACAGAGUCCAACGAGCGUCUGCAGCUCCACCUUAAGGAGAGAAUGGCCGCUCUGGAGGAGAAGAAUAUGUUAAUCCAAGACUCUGAAAGUUAUAGAAAACAGUACGAGGAGUCACUCCAUGAAAAAACUCACCUGGCAGAGGAGAUUGAGAAACUGAGAUCAGAGCUGGACCAGUUCAGAAUGAGGGCAGGCUCCCUCACAGAACCAACCCUGUCACGGUCUCAUCUGGACACAUCAGCAGAGCUUCGCUUCUCUUUGGGCUCCUUAGCCGAGACCCAGUCGGACCACUACCGAUCGACCAAGGUCAUCCGCCGGCCAAGGAGGGGCCGCAUGGGCCUACGUGAGACCAAAGCAAAAUCUCUCGGGGAGCAUGAAUGGCGCUCGCAGCAGUUGGGAGUGCUCGGCAGCCACCCGUUCGAGAGCGACACAGAGAUGUCGGACAUCGACGACGACGACCGGGAGACGUUGUUUAGCUCUAUGGACCUCCUGUCCCCCGGCGGUCACUCUGACGCGCAGACCCUGGCCAUGAUGCUGCAGGAGCAACUGGACGCCAUCAAUAAGGAGAUCCGGCUGAUACAGGAGGAGAAGGAGUCGACGGAGCUGAGAGCAGAGGAGAUCGAGAACCGUGUGGCCAGCGUCAGCCUUGAGGGCCUCAACCUGGCCCGCAUGCACCACCACGGAGCCUCCAUCACUGCCUCGGCCACCGCCUCCUCCCUGGCUUCCUCCUCGCCGCCCAGUGGACACUCCACUCCCAAGCUGGACCCUCGCAGUCCUGCCCGGGACAUGGAGCGCAUGGGCGUCAUGACACUGCCCAGUGACCUGAGGAAACACAGGAGAAAGAUAGCAGCGGUGGACGAGGACGGACGUGAGGACAAGGCCACCAUAAAGUGCGAGACGUCUCCUCCUCCGACACCACGCACCGUCCGCAUGACGCACACGCUGCCAGCCUCCUCGCACAACGACGCACGGGGGAUUGCAGCCUCUCUGGAGGCGGAGGCCAGUGCCUUGAGUAGUGUCGGCAGCAGCCAGGACUCCCUCCACAAACAGCCAAAGAAGAAAGGCAUUAAGUCGUCGAUCGGUCGGUUGUUUGGCAAAAAAGAGAAGGGCAGGCUGGCACACAUGGCACACAGACAUGUUAUGAUAGAUCCACAAGGUUGCAUGACGGAUGCAGACGUGGCGGGACAGGACAUGGGGGUGGGCAAGUUGGGCACUCAGGCUGAGAAGGACAGGAGGUUGAAAAAAAAACACGAGCUGUUGGAGGAGGCCAGGAGGAAAGGCUUACCCUUUGCCCAGUGGGAUGGUCCCACAGUUGUCGCCUGGCUGGAGCUGUGGCUGGGGAUGCCCGCUUGGUACGUGGCGGCGUGCCGUGCCAACGUGAAGAGCGGCGCCAUCAUGUCCGCCCUCUCUGACACAGAAAUCCAGAGGGAGAUCGGCAUCAGCAACCCCCUGCACCGGCUGAAGCUCCGGCUGGCCAUCCAGGAAAUGGUCUCCCUCACCAGUCCCUCCGCCCCGCCCACCUCUAGAACCCCAUCAGGCAACGUAUGGGUGACCCAUGAGGAGAUGGAGACGCUGGCAGCCCCCUCCAAAACGUCAGAGUCUGAGGAGGGGAGCUGGGCACAGGUAAGUGUCUUCUGUCAGACUCUAGCUUAUGGUGACAUGAACCAUGAGUGGAUAGGAAACGAGUGGCUGCCCAGUCUAGGACUACCUCAGUACCGCAGCUACUUCAUGGAGUGCCUGGUGGAUGCCCGCAUGCUGGACCACCUCACCAAGAAGGACCUCCGAGUGCAUCUCAAAAUGGUGGACAGCUUUCACAGAACAAGUCUACAGUACGGCAUCAUGUGUCUGAAGAAGCUCAACUAUGACAGGAAGGAGCUGGAGAGACGUAGAGAGCACAGCCAGCAUGAAAUGAGAGAUGUGCUGGUGUGGAGCAACGAGCGGGUAAUCCGUUGGGUGCAGAGCAUCGGUCUAAGGGACUAUGCCAACAUCCUGUUGGAGAGCGGCGUGCACGGCGCACUGGUGGCCCUGGACGACAACUUUGACUACAGCAGCCUGGCGCUGCUCCUCCAGAUCCCCAACCAAAACACUCAGGCACGUCAGAUUCUGGAGAGAGAGUACAAUAACCUGCUGGCACUGGGCACUGAAAGGCGACUGGACGAGUGCGAUGACAAAGACUUUCGAGGUCCAUCGUGGAGGAGGCAGUUCCCGCCCCGAGACGUCCACGGUAUCAGUAUGAUGCCCGGCUCAGCCGAGACGCUCCCUGCAGGCUUCCGCCUCACCACCACCUCCGGUCACUCCCGGAGACUGCCACCUGAGGUCGGACCUUCAGCGGUGCAGCGUCUAGACAGCUCCACGGUGAGGACCUACUCUUGCUGA